AUGCAGUACGCGGCGGCGGAGCAGGCGUGGUACAUGCCGGCGGCGGUGGCAGCGACGCCGAUGGCGGAGAGCGCGGUGGCGCGCGUGGAGCGGCUGGCGUCGGAGAGCGCGGUGGUGGUGUUCAGCGUGAGCAGCUGCUGCAUGUGUCACGCCGUGAAGCGGCUCUUCUGCGGCAUGGGCGUGCACCCGACGGUGCACGAGCUGGAUCUGGACCCACGGGGACGCGAGCUUGAGCGCGCCCUCGCCCGCCUCCUCGGCUACGGCCCCGCCGGCGCGCCCGUCGUCCCCGUCGUCUUCAUCGGCGGGAAGCUGGUCGGCGCCAUGGACCGGGUCAUGGCCGCGCACAUCAACGGCUCCCUCGUCCCGCUCCUCAAGGAGGCCGGCGCGCUCUGGCUCUGA